CAUGUAUUCAACACGACCAGACGGCAUUGAGCUGAAAAUCAGAAAACGAGGAAAACGGAAACGAAAACGAAAAUCCACCUCCUAGUAUAACAAACUCCUGUGGAGGUUCCUCCGCUCUUGUUGCUCGUUCAUAACCAGUUCAAGUUCUUUGUACUGUGUUUUAUUAUUAAUUUCUUCUAUGCAGCUGAAGUUAUAAGCGCACAAAGUAGCUGCGAAAUGCUUUUUCACUGUACAACAUCUCAUUUCAGGCAAACAAAUUAUCUGUCACCCACCCAUUCGCGUUCCCUCCGCUCUUUUUGUCUUUUGCCGGUUUCCCUGGUCUGAUAUCCUGGUGCCCAUCGCUAGUCUAAGCGUGAUAUCCGCUACUCCUCCUGUCGCGUAAGAAAUACAGUAGAUAAAUUAAAGAAUUUCGUAUCUCAAUGAUAGUCGGGGUACGAGAGUAAAUUCAAAAAGUAACCAGUAAUUACUAGAGUAAAUCCACCUGAUGCAAAAUCGUAAGAAGUAAGUCUAUUUUUAUACCCGUUCGUAUUUCAUCUAGUCCACCAUGCUCUCCCACCAUGGCCUGUAGUUCUAAUUCAUUGCGGUCAUACUUUGACUUUUUUGCGAAGAUCAUAUCAUACUAGUUAGUAGAGGUUCGUAGAAACAACAAAGAAAUACAAUAACUCUUGAUCAGCAGCAGCACUUAAAGUUUCUUAGUUUUUUUAGAGAACGACAAGAAAAUAAAAUGUCGGGUUGGUUGAACUCUCUAUUUUUUCGGAAGGUGUACACUUUCCCGAACGGGCAAGAGAUAGAGGAAGUGAAGGAGCUCGCAGAAGGUGGCUUCGCCUACGUUUCUCUGGGAAAAGACGGCAAGACCGGAGAUGAAUACGCGAUCAAAAAAAUGAUUUGCCAAGACAAGAAGAAACUUGAUAUGGCAAAUCGAGAGGUACAUAUGUUGACACGCAUUGUUGAAAGAUUCGUUUUAGAUAUACAUGCUGCACCAGCGAGAAAAAAGGAUGAGGAUACUUGUUCGAUACCCAUGAUCUUCAUCGUUCUUUAUCUUCAAAACAUAAUAUUAUAAAACCACUAUACACCUACAGCUACAACGACCCCAGCACAACUACCACAACAUCAACAGGUAGCUCUCCUCGCUUCCCUUCCCGAGCACAAGAAUAUUGUGCGGUUUUAUCAGUCUGCCAUGAUCGAUUUGCAGACUGGUGGUGGUCCAGUCCGAAAGGAGAUCGUGAUGCUGAUGGAGCUCUGUCCAAACGGAACUCUCCUUCAGUGGAUCACGCAAAAUGGAGGAAUUAACAAACGAAUACCUGAAAAUUAUGAGAAUGCUUGUUCUUGAAGAACGUGAUGAAUUUGAAUGCGUAUGAAUUUGUAAUUGUAUCGGCGCGAGCUUAAUUCUUACUCUCGCAGCACAAGUAGUCCUUUUCUUCCUCAUCUUCUUUUUGCAAAUGCAGCAUGAACAUUUCUUAAUCAUGAGUUCGUCCUCCUCUAAGCCCAAGACAUCCUGAAGCCAUUACAAGACAUUGCGGAAGCUGUUUUCCUGCUCCAUUCGCACAAGCCUCCAGUCGUGCACCAGGAUUUGAAGGUGGAGAACAUAAUUCUAGGCAACGACAACAAUUGGAAGCUCUGUGACUUUGGUUCGUGGACAAGUGAUCGCGUAGACCUCUCCAACGCGAGCAGGCAGGAAAUCAUGCGGAAACAAGACCACUAUGAGGAGAACGUAAUUUGUGAUUUUGAGUUGUUGAGGAUGACGUUGAUUACGUUGACGUUGUUGAGAAAGACACCAUGAUCCAAGAAAAAGAUUUGUAUAUCAGAGUAGUUUAUAGAACGGAUGUAGGAUGGACUUGGAUGGAUCGGAUGGACCCCCCUGAUUCUUCCGAUCCUACUUGAAAUGGUGGAAAGUCCAUCCGAUCCAUCCGAUCCAUCCGAUCCAUCCCAUCCCGGAUCUGGCACCCCUAUAAACUACUCUAGUACAUUAAGCCGCAGAUCAACUACCAUUACAAGUCGUCUCCGUAGUAGAUCUUCGCGGUCGUGUAGCUUAUGUGAACAAAGAACACCAGUGUAUCUCAUACUCACGACGAGAAACGUUGGCAACAAGAAAUUUGUUCAAGAAGUUUGAAUACAACCGACUAGAAGUACGAACAGAAUUGUGCUUCUUCUUUCUACCACAUGCACAUCCACCCGGGACAGGUAACGAUGAUGUACAGACCUCCGGAAAUGGCGGACCUCUACAAAAAAGAAGUCCUCCACAUCCAAAUCGACCAGUGGCAAGUAGGGUGCAUUCUGUACACCCUCAUGUUCUACAAACAGCCUUUCCAAGACUGCACCGCACCACUAGCGAUCGCACAUGCAGGGUAGACGACUAUUAGUUUACUUUUCAACCCAUAAUGUUGUUGUACCUACAAUUAUUAUGACUUUCGUCUUCUUUUGGUUCUUUCCUAGUUGGGUUGGCUCCACCACUACUAUUGGAUGUUAUGUUGUACAUGUUAAUUUUAUGCGCUUGCAGUUUUUUUGAUUUUUCUCUCACUCGUCUCUGAAAGUAGAACAUGAUAGAUAGGCUCGAGUUCUUACCAUUUGUGUUCUAUACUUUUGAAACGUCCCUUAGUAGUUGGUAACUACGACUGGCACUACACCCUACUGAAUUAAUAUCCAGUCAAGAAACACUCCGUCCUUACUACUUUCUCAUCAGGUACGACCUUCCUGCUGAUUUUGUGCCUUGCGAGACAUAUAGUGAGAACCUCGAGACCGUUCUCCACUGGCUUCUGGCGAAAAGACCGGACGCGCGUUUGAAUUCACGAAAUUUAGUCCGCAUGCUCUGGGAGUGGGAAGGCAAUCCCUGUCUAGAUCCUACAGAAGACGGAAACACUUUAGUGGUGUCUCCGCCAAUGGCGGUUUUGGAGCAAAAGCGAGAAAAACGACGGAAGUGUCACGAACGAAACCAGCAACUGCAUGGGGCGGUAUAUAAUCCAGUGGCAGUGAUGAACCUAGUAGAACACGAAAAACAGCAAGCAGGCGGUGGUGGAGAUUCUUCAACAGGAAUAAAUAGUGGCGGUCUAGUCACAGCAUCGGCAUCGGGCUCAACGUCCGGUGGAGGUGGAACAUCAGGGAAUACGAAUAGUGCAGGUGGUGCUGAUAAUAAGAGUGCCUCAUCGAGUACUACUGCAGGCGGGGUAACCAGUACAGUGGUCGCCUAUUCAGACGCGCUAUUGACGAACUUGGGAAUGAAAAGUACCGCACCUCCGCUUCGGGGUGUAGCAGCAGGCAAAGAAGGCGUGGUGAAAAGUACAACAGCGUCAUCUUCAAAUUCCCAACAACAGAAUGGAGCUUCAAAUCAAGGCGCAACAACUGGAGAAGAAGGCAAUGCAACAGCAUCAUCCUCAUCCUCUGCAAAAAAAGACGAUGAUGCAGAGACCGCAAUGGCUCAAUUUAGGACAAAAGCCACUGGACCCAAAAGUGCCGCUGAGGCAAGACCUGCUUGGCAAGUCCAGCAACUUGCAGCGACGUCCUCUUCUCAACAAGGCCAAACAAGCGGUGGUGGCGCCAGUGCCAGUAAUGCGAGUAGCGCUUCCACAUCAGUUGCGAAUGGCGUCUGCGUCUCUGCUAACAAUGUUCUAGACUUACUAGCUUCAAAUACUUCUAGAGGAGCUUCUUCAAAAGAUUCCGACCCAUGGGUCGCGGACUUUGGCACUGCAGACUUUGGCACUACAUCAACAGAAACAACAACUACGCAGCCAAGUAGUCAAUCACGACAACAACAGCAUGAACUGAGUCCAAGUCCAGAAGCAGGGCAUUUAUGGCUCCCCCCAAUCCAUCUUCGGAUUCGGAAGCAUCGUAGAGACGUUUUCAAGGGGAAAACAGUCUCAGGAUGGUCUUGAAGAUGGAUUAGGGUGAGCGCUAAAGCAUGAACUGAGUCCAAGUCCAGAAGCAGGAGGAGGUGGAAGUAUAGGCAUAGAUCCAAAUUUAGAUCUGUUUGCUCCGGCAAAAAGGACAGGAGGAUCUCGUGAAGCAGAAGACCUCCUAUUUGCGGGAGUGGGCACUACAGCAAAAACAACUGCGUCAGGAGGAGUUUUGACAGGCACAUCAGCUCCAGCUUCGUCUUCAUCAAUACCUUAUGGAAAUAGCUCUGGGAAUGGGACAAUGCCUCCAAGAAAGAACUUCGACGCUCUGUACAAUGUGAACGCCUUUGUGGCUGAGAAGCCGGCUAGUGGUGCAGACGACAAUCUGUUCGCUGAUUUAGAACCUAUUGCCACAGGCUUUUCACCAACAGGAAACGCAGGUCGCGGUGGAGGAGGCGACGGUAGUGCCGGCGGUCCUGUAGUACUGACUACUGGAGGGCCUCCAAUAGCUGCAUCCUCUUCAGGAACAGCAGGAAGAUCAGCUAGUACAAUACCUACCUCUACAGCAUUCAUGUCCUCCCCGUCUAGUGGUAAAACUACAGGAUCACCCAGUAGUAAACUGGCCACACCGAACCUCAAAGACCCUUUUCAAGUAGACUUCUUCACCUCUGCUGCCACCCAAGCGAAUAAAGAAGCUGACAAGUUGUUUGAUGACAUCAGCCUUUUCAAAUAGAUGAGUAAGGGAGAACAUCUUAGGCAAAGCUGCCGAAUAGAUGUUCGAGUCAACAUCAACUGCAUGGGUUUUUAGAUGAGUAAAUGGGUGCCAAUAAGAAAUGGCUUUGGUUGUUCUGACGUUCAACUUGAACACCAACACGUUUCUCCUUCGUAUCAGUUUUCCUCAAGAAGAUCAUUAAUCAUUCAUUCAUUCACUCGGACAAUUUACCUCGUCGAUAUCACAGCAAGAUUAAAUUGAAUUUUCUUUGCGACUAAAGCUGACGUAGACGAUUCGAAGAAGAUGAAAUAGCAAGGUUGAUUAUGUUUGAAGAAAGACAAAGGUCAACCACAUAAACUUUGUCAAAACAAAGGAAGAAUGACUUCGUAAACGAAGAACGACUUCGUUCUUCUACCACCUACUAUUUAAAGUUGCAUUUUUGAGUGUUUCCCACAUCCGAAGUUCGCAUCAAGACCACUUCUUCCCUCUUUGCCAUCUGUCUCUCAGGUAGAGACCCCAAAAUAUCCCUUCUUACAACUUUUUCACCUAGAUAUAUCAUAGACCGCUCCCGCUUCCGCCUCCUACCUUUUUUGUCCGUUGUUUGUCGUUGUCCAUCCUAGUUGUUAUGCGUAAUGCAUGGUGCCAUAAGAGUACCUUGUGUGACACUCCGGAGGAACCUUCUAGCAGACGUAACUAAGAUAUUAAAAAAAUGUAAAUGAAGCUGCCUGCUUAAUACAUGAAAACUUCUCUUCGACUGUUGGCGAUAACCCUACUGAGAU